AUGCCAAUAAGGCCAGAUCUCCAGCAUUUAGAAAAGUGCAUUGAUGAUGCUUUAAGAAAAAAUGAUUUCAAACCUUUGAAAACACUUUUACAAAUCGAUAUUUGUGAAGAUGUGAAAAUUAAAUGCAGCAAACAGUUUUUCCACAAGUUGGAUGACCUUAUGUGCAGGGAGCUUAAUAAAAAGGAUAUCCAGACUGUUUCAACCAUUUUGGUUUCAUUUGGAAGAUGUGGCAAAAAUAUCAGUAUAUUGGGGCAAGCUGGACUUCGAACUAUGAUAAAACAAGGACUAGUCCAAAAGAUGGUUGCCUGGUUUGAAAAAUCCAAGGAGAUUAUUCUGAGUCAAGGAAGUUCAAAAGAUGAAGCUGUUAUAAAUAUGAUAGAAGACUUUUUUGAUCUUUUGAUGGUCAUACAUGACAUUGAUGAUGAAGGUAAAAGGCAAGUAGUGGAAAGUUUCAUACCCCGAAUUUGUGCCCUGGUUAUUGACUCAAGAGUGAAUAUUUGUGUUCAGCAGGAGACUCUAAAGAAAAUGAAUGCUAUGCUUGACAAGAUGCCUCAAGAUGCCAGGAAAAUACUCUUUAACCAAGAAAUGUUGAUUCUCAUGAGUAGUAUGGGAGAAAGGAUUUUAGAUGCUGGAGAUUAUGACUUACAAGUGGGUAUCGUAGAAGCUUUAUGCAGAAUGACCACAGAAAAACAGAGGCAAGAACUAGCAUGUCAGUGGUUUUCAAUGGAUUUUAUUGCUAAUGCAUUUAAAGGAAUUAAAGACUCUGAAUUUGAAACAGAUUGCAGGAUGUUUCUCAACCUUGUAAAUGGCAUACUUGGAGACAAGAGAAGGGUCUUUACAUUUCCUUGUUUAUCAGCGUUUCUUGAUAAAUAUGAGCUGCAAAUACCAUCAGAUGAAAAACUUGAGGACUUUUGGAUAGAUUUUAAUCUUGGGAGCCAGACUCUGUCUUUCUACAUCGCUGGAGACAAUGAUGAUCAUCAGUGGGAAGCAGUCACUGUGCCUGAGGAAAAAGUGCAAAUAUACAGCAUAGAAGUGAGAGACUCGAAGAAGCUCCUGACUAUAAUUCUGAAAGAUACAGUAAAAAUUAGUAAACGAGAAGGGAAAGAAUUGCUUUUGUAUUUUGAUGCAUCGUUAGAGAUCACUAAUGUGACACAAAAAAUAUUUGGUGCAAACAAAUACAGGGAAUUUUCCCGAAAACAAGGUAUUUCAGUUGCCAAAACAUCUGUGCAUAUACUUUUCGAUGCAAGUGGAUCCCAGAUUCUAGUCCCAGAAAGUCAAAUUUCACCAGUUGAAGAACUUUCUAGUUUGAAAGAAAAAGCUAACCCUCAAGAGGAAUUUGUUAAACCUCCAAAACAUAUCAAAAACAGUAAUAAAGGGAACAGAAAACAUGGUCAGCCCGAGAUAAUUACUCCUAGCAAAAGAAAAAUGUCUGAAGCAUCAAUGAUUGUUCCUGGUGCAGAGAGAUACACUGUGAGGAGUCCAAUACUUUUAAUCAACACAUCAACACCACAAAGAGGAAGAAUUAAACCACCACUGCAAAUGACAAGUUCUACGGAAAAACCUGGUUUUUCUAAAACAUCGGAAAAUGGAGUGGAUAAUGCUGUAUCACUUAAAUCUAGACCAUGUGAAGAAAGAAAGAGAGAAGAUAAUACAGACAAACAUAUCAAAACUAAAGUUAUAGAAAAGGCAGAAAAUAAGGACAUUGAAUACCCAAACCAAAAUUUUAAUGAACUCCAGGAGAUAGUUCCUGAUUCACAGGCAGUGGGAAAAAUAGAUAAACCUGUGUUACCUGGUAUUUUAGACAAUAUCUGUGGAAAUAAAAUGCACUCCAAAUGGGCAUGUUGGACACCUGUAACAAAUAUUAAGCUGUGUAAUAACCUAAGAGCAAGUUCUUCAUCAGAAGACACAUUUAAUCAAGAUAUUAUUAUCAACAAAAACCUUACUAAAAAAAAAUCAUCCUCUUCAAUAUCUGAUGAUAAUUCUGAGGAAACGAGUAAGGUGCAAUAUGGGAAAGAACUAAUGCAGCAUAACAAAAUAGAUAAAGCAGAAGCAGAAGCUUGCAAAAGAAACAAACAACAACAACUAGAUCAUUCUAAACAUUCGGAGGAGAAAAAUACUGAAAAUACCAAGCAGAAUGAUUGGCGUAUUGAAUCUGAAACUACUUUUAAAUCAGUACUCCUAAAUAAGACAGUUGAAGAAUCUGUGAUCUAUAGGAAGAAGUACACAUUGUCAAAAGAUGUGAAUACUGCUAUUUGUGAUAAAAGCCCUUCUCCUAGAAAAAAUACAAAAAGUCAUAGAAAAUCAGGGAAAAGAUUGACGUCUGAACUUAAUUCCUGGGAUUUGAAACAAAAAGAAAUGAGAGAAAAGUCAAAAGGGAAAGGAUUUAAUGAUGCAGCCGAAUCAUUGAUAAGUCAGAUUAAUAAGAGAUACAAACCAAAGAAUGGCACAAAGUCUACAAGAAAAUUAAAGGAGUCUUUAAUUGACAGUGGUUUUUCAAACAAGUCUGAUCUACAGCUCAGAAAGGAAAAGGUUCAGAAAAAAAGUUACAGACAAUUGAAGACUACUUUUGUUAAUGUUACUUCUGAAUGCCCAUUGAAUGAUGUUUACAAUUUUAAUUUGAGUGGAGCUGAUGAGCCUGUUAUAAAACUUGGAAUCCAGGAAUUUCAAGCUACAGCUAGAGAAGCCUGCGUGGAUAGUACAAUAACAUUGGUAGGUUUAAGGAAUCAUGAUGAACUUGAAACUUCUCUCAAAACCAAAGAUAAACGAACUGUAACAAAUCAUAAGAAGAAAACUCUCUUUAGUGAUACUGACACAGAAUACAAAUGUGAUGACAGCAAAACUGAUAUUAGCUGGCUAAGAGAAUCAAAAUCGAAACCACAGUUAAUAGGCUACAGCAGAAAUAAAAAUGUGAAGAAACAUAAAAGUGGGAAAUCAAGAUCAUCUUUGGAAAGGGAACAACCAAGAUCUAAAAUGACACCCGACAAAAACAUCACCAAAAAGGUCGAUGAGACAGUUCCAGAUGGGAGAAUCAGACUUCCACGAAGAGCAGCAAAAACCAAAAAAAAUUAUAAAGAUCUCUCAAAUUCAGAAUCAGAGAGUGAACAAGAAUUUUCACAUUCAUUUAAAGAGAAAUUGCUAGUAAAGGAGAAUAUCCAUUCCAGAAGCAAAACCAUGAAGCCGCCAAAGAAACAGAAUUCUUUCUCUUCCGAAAUGCAAAAGGAUAUAUCAAAAGAAUGGAAAAACUCAUCUCUACUAAAAGAUACUAUAAGAGAUAAUAGCCUUGACCAAUCUCCUGUAUCUUUAUCUGGGAGUCCAUCAUCUAUAGAAGUAAUGAGAUGUACAGAGAAAACAACCGAAAGAGAUUUUACUCAAGAUUUUGACUGUGUAACAAAAUCACUAUCACCUUAUCCAAAAACUUCAUCACCUGAAUCCUUAAACAGUGGGGUUGAAAGUCCAAUAAAUUCACCCAAUAACAGUGAGAAAAACUUACUGUGUGCAGGAGAAAGUUGCUCACCAAUUCCACAAUCAGGCUUUUUGGAAAGUCAUUCAGCAUCUCCACUCUCCAUGGCUAGUGAAGGAAGAGAGAAAAUAUGGGGUGGCCUGCCCUGUGACUCCACUCAUGGAUCAGGCCCUACACUACAUGUUAGUCGGAAACGAAUGUACAUAGAAAAGGAUCUGAGUAAUUCUGAUGAAGUAGACUUGGGAGAGAGAGAGGAGGAAAGAACAAGCUUGCUUCCCAAAAAAUUAUCUAAAAGUGAAGGUAUGGAUUUUCAAACUUACAAAGUGUCUGAAAGUAUAUCUCCAUUAUCAACAAAUGACUUUUCUAUUCCUGGGGAGAACUGGGGAAAUGAAAUGUCAGAUGUCGGAAUGAUGUAUGAGCAGCUCAAUACAGAAUUUAGGAGGAAAGUUCAUAUCCGCCACAAAAUAAUGGAUUAUUUUACGAAGCAUUCUUGGAAAACAGCUCAACAACAUAUAAAAACAAUGAAUCAUCAGAUUCAGGAGUAUAGAAUCAAAAAACUUGACAAAUUCCAAUUCAUCAUCAUAAAGGAGCUGGAGAAUUUUGAAAAAGAUUCACAGUCCUUAAAAGAUUUGGAGAAGGAAUUAGUGGGCUUUUGGGAGAAGAUAUUUCAGAAGUUCAGUGCCUAUCAAAAAAGUGAACAGCAGAGGCUUCACCUUUUAAAAGCUUCGUUGAACAAGAAUGUCUUCUACAAUACUGAUUAUGAAGAAACUAUUUUUACUUCUGAGAUGUGUUCAAUGAAAGAAAACAUGAAAAUGAUACAAGACAGGCUUCUUAAGGAAAUGCAAGAAGAGGAGCUUCUUAAUGUGCGCAGAGGGCUAAAGUCAUUAUUCAUGGCUCAUGAAAGAAACAAUGUGUGAUGUCUAGUUGCUAUCAACAGGUUUUAUCCAAUUUUUGUGUAUAACUGAGGAAAUACCCAAAGUAGCUCUACAAGGAGAAAAUAUAUGUCACCCUGGCAAGAGCACCUUUGUAGGAACCUCCAAAUUCAAAGAAAUGUCAUCUAUGGAUAAAAAAGACCCUAUAAUCACUUUAACAUACUCCGAGCCCCAAAGUCUUGUCUAUACAGUACUGCUUUUUUUAAAGAAAGUUUUGGGAAGCCAAACAGUAAAAGGAAUUGUUUUUAUGGUAAUACUUGCAUGAGACAAUAUUACUGAGUUAACUGUACUCAAAACUAGUUAUUUCUUUAAUAAACUAAAAUUUAUCAUA